UUUGUUUUAUAGUCGUGUUGAAAGUAUUAAUUUAUUUUAUUUCUAGUGAUGAAAAUGUAAGAGAUGAAAAUGGAAGAGUCUUUUCCACCAGAAUUGAUUAAGAUAGAGAUUAAGGAGGAGGAAGAAGGUUUUCUUAUCAAAUCAGAGAAGUAUUCGAUUCCUGCUUCUCAGAUGCAGUAUCUCAUCCAAGAAUCAUCAACAGAAAAUCGUCUACAUUAUGAUUCUACGAUAGCUGGAGACACAGAUCAAGGCCGAACAGCUCCACAAAACAGUGCUGAUGCCGAAUUUUGCCAAACUUUUGUUGACGAAACAGAAUGGAUGAAAUUAAAAUCGUCAGGCUAUGAUUCUUCUUACAGUGACAAAAAACAAUCGUCAUUACCUUCCGAUCAGCAAAAACUGUUCCAGUGUUCUGUUUGUUUUGUAGAAACAAGAAGAAAAUCACAAUUAUUUCGCCAUCAGCUCACUCAUACCGGUGAAAAACUUUAUAAAUGUUCUGAAUGUUCCUUCAGUGCAAGCCAAAAAUCAUGCUUAGUUUGCCAUCACCGAACUCAUACCGGCGAAAAACCAUUUAAAUGUUCUGAGUGUUUUUAUUGUGCCAGCCAAAAAUCACAUUUACUUUGCAAUCAGCAGACUCAUAGCGAUAAAAAACGUCAUCAAUGCUCUGAAUGUUCCUACAGUACAAACCGAAGAUCAUCUUUAACUUCACAUCAGCGAACUCAUACCGGAGUAAAACCGUUCAAAUGUUCUGAAUGUCCCUACAGUUCGGUUCAAAAAUCUCAGCUUAUAGUUCAUCAGAGGACUCAUACCGGAGAAAAGCCGUUCAAAUGUUCUGAAUGUUCCUUCAGUACAAACCGAAGAUCAUCUUUAACUUCACAUCAGCGAACUCAUACCGGAGUAAAACCGUUCAAAUGUUCUGAAUGUCCCUACAGUUCGGUUAAAAAAUCUCACCUUAUAGUUCAUCAGAGGACUCAUACCGGAGUAAAACCGUUCAAAUGUUCUGAAUGUCCCUACAGUUCGGUUCAAAAAUCUCACCUUAUAGUUCAUCAGAGGACUCAUACCGGAGUAAAACCGUUCAAAUGUUCUGAAUGUCCCUACAGUUCGGUUCAAAAAUCUCAGCUUAUAGUUCAUCAGAGGACUCAUACCGGAGUAAAACCGUUCAAAUGUUCUGAAUGUCCCUACAGUUCGGUUCAAAAAUCUCAGCUUAUAGUUCAUCAGCGAACUCAUACCGGAGUAAAACCGUUCAAAUGUUCUGAAUGUCCCUACAGUUCGGUUCAAAAAUCUCAGCUUAUAGUUCAUCAGAGGACUCAUACCGGAGAUGAUUCCAUCCAAAACGGUAGCAUUGGAGGACCCAUUUUCGUUAAACCAAUACCUUUCGUAAAACCUCUAACAUUUGUAAAGCCUCUGAACUUUGCUGACCCCAUUGUAUUCAUUCCCAGCUUACCUCCCAGUUCCUUCUCCAGUUGUCAACCAGAACCUCACAUGUCUCACCCUGCUCCUCUCACCUUCUCACCUGGUGAGUCUGUCUUCACACCUCCUCCCACUGUCUCACUUACAUACUCUACAACAUAUCAUCCCCUCUCCAGUUAGGACUUCGGUUAUGGAUUUUGAACGAACACUGUUGAUAUUGAAAAGGUUCCUGGAUCAUGGAAUUUUAAUGUAACAAUUCAAGAACUU